AUGGUGAUGGAGACGGCGGGUAGCCGUCACUGUAUUCGCAGCGACAUGGUGGAAAGCAUUGGUGGCUCAUCACCUGAUGGAGGAAGUACUGGUUGCUCCUCACCUAAUGGCGGAAGCACUGGUGUCUCCUCAACUGGUGGAGGAAGUACUGGUUGCUCCUCACCUAGUGGCGGAAGCACUGGUGUCUCCUCAACUGGUGGCGGAAGUACCGGUGGCUCCUCACCUAGUGGCGGAAGCACUGGUGGCUCCUCACCUGGUGGCGGAAUAACUGGUGGCUCCUCAAUUGGUGGCUCUUCACCCAGUGGCGGAAGCACUGGUGGCGAAAGCACUGGUGGCUCCUCACCUGGUGGCGGAAUCACUGGUGGUUCCUCAACUGGUGGCUCCUCACCUAGUGGCGGAAGCACUGGUGGCUCCUCAACUGGUGGCGGAAGUACUGGUGGCUCAUCACCUGGUGGUGAAAUCACUGGUGGCUCCUCAACUGGUGGCUCUUCACCUAGUGGCGGAAGCACUGGUGGUUCCUCAACUGGUGGCUCCUCACCUAGUGGCGGAAGCACUGGUGGCUCCUCAACAGCUGGUGCCGGAAUCACUGGUGGUUCCUCAACUGGUGGCUCCUCACCUGGUGGCGGAAUAAUUGGUGGCUCCUCAACUGGUGGUGGAAGCACUGGUGGCUCCUCAACUGGCGGAAGUACUGGUGGCCUCUUAGUCCGAGGACGACAUGGUGGAAGCGCUGGUGGCUCAUCACCUGGUGGCGGAGGCAUUGGUGGCUCCUCAACUGGUGGCGGAAGCGUUGGUGGCUCCUCAACUGGUGGCGGAAGCGUUGGUGGCUCCUCAACUGGUGGCUCCUCAGUUGGCGGAGUAGGUGGUGGCCUCUUAGGCCGAGGACUAGGGGGAUGA